GUUUAAUUUAGCGGACAAAGAAGGAGUGGCGGACAGAAAAGUACCGGAGCAACCUCUAGCGUUUUACUCGAAGGAUGGAACAAUCACCAGAUACAAUCUAAGAAAGUUUGGCGAGCUACCCUUCCACUUGGUCAGAUCACGACGUUUCAACGAUUUGUUCGAGAACGUUUUGUUCAACUACGAGUGGCUCCAUGCCAAGCUAAGCUCUUGCCCGCUCCAAGCGGUGCUUUCCGAUUUCGAGGAUGCGUGUAGUUUCAUCGAUAACCAGAACAUCGUUAGAGAACUCAUGCUAGUUGCAGACGCGCUCAGAUUAGGCGGUGCGAUUUUAGGAUCGCAUCCGGAUAUGCUCGCGCCCCAAUUAAUAGGCCGAUUAUUGCCAGAAAUCGGUGGCAAUGUGAACGUGAAAAUGCUGCUUCGCGCGUGCGAUAACGACGGUGCUAAGGAUUGUGCUCUGCUUCCGGUUUAUCAUUGCUUACACACCCCUGGAGGACCGUUGAAAUAUUCGCUGGAGGGCCAUCAAUUCGCCGUGUUUGGCUUUUGUCUAACGUCGGAUUAUCGGUACGUGGUCUCGAUAUCCAAUCGAUUCAUCACGUGGGAUUUGAGCACCAGUGACAUGACGAGGGAUGUAAAUCCCGGCGUUGAGGGAAUCAUGCAACAUUUGGUCCUCAGUCCUGACAAUAGAUACGCAGCUGCGUUUACUACUAAUAAUCAGAGUGUCGUGUUAAAUACCCUGACGAGCGAGUUCGUUGUAAUCGAUAAUCCAUUUCCAAAUGAAGACCCAGUAUGCGGAGUGCAUUUGAUGAAUCAAUUCUUCUUCGUCUAUGGUAAAUUAGGCUGGUGUAGAUUCGAUUUACGAGGGAAUUUACUAGAUACGCAUACGAACCCGGAGGAUUCCAACAAGUGGCCAAUUUUAUGCGUGGAGCACACAAAUUUGGACGAUUAUAGAAUAGUAUUUUGGUCUGGAAAUAUGGAAGACACCAGCAUGCUUUUGCAUACUCAUAGGAAAAAAGGAUCACUGGAACCUUUGCUGUUUCACAGUGUAAUGGUAAUGACCAACAACAAACAAGUUCUGUACGCCUGUACAACUAAGGAAGAUUAUCGGGUCACGAAAUAUGUCAGCGAUGAAACAUCCUGCCAAUGGGAAAAAGCUUUCGACAUGCCCAGAGCUUUCAACGACGAUGUGGAAUAUUUGUUGCAACUGAAGCUGGACAGGGAAGAGGAGAUGCUCCUAGCUACGUGUGCCAAUGGUUUCAUCGUGUGGUUCUUGGAGAGCAAGAGCGACGCGUACGUCUUAAUGUUGCCCAACGGAGUUAGAAACAUCAGCACGAAAAUGAUGUGCUCGAAUUCGAUUAUGAUCAGCGGCAGUAAGAAUUACGCCGUUGCUGGCGUAAGGAAAAAUCUAUACGUCUGGAAUCUUGAAACAAGCGAGUUGGUGAAAAUCCUGGAUGCCCACUUUGCAAGGAUUAUUCAACUAGAAGCAUUGACCAUUGGGAAUUGGAACAGUGUUGUGACAUCGAGUAUCGACAGAAGCGUGAAAGUGUGGAAUAUUAACAAUAUCUUCGAACAGGUUCAUGUAAUCGACAGGCACGAGUUGCAGAUCGAUAUGAUAAGCUUGGCAGAAGAAUGUAACUUGGCAGCAACAGUGACAAGAGACUGUGUGGGAAUUUGGGACUUGCAAACGGGAAGACUGAUCUCAAAAUUGGCGGAUAGUCCUCUGGGAGCAAUUGUCACUCACGCUUGCAUGACUCACGAUGGAAAGUAUAUCGUUUCAACAGAAUCAGGUAACGUACUGAUAUGGAACAGAAUUACAGAGCAAGUAUUGUUCAAAGAAGAGCAACAGCAUGUGAGGCAACUAAUGUUGGUCGAAAAUUCAUCUAAAUUCAUAGCUGUUUCAAGGCCAAAAAAUCCUGCAGGAGUAGAAAACAUGAAAACUAGUGCUACUCUUUUUAUGAGAACUAUUCCUGAUGGCAAGAGAAUGUUUACAUUGGAGUAUUUAGUCAGAAGUCACACAGGUACACCAUUUCGAAAUGUUGUAAUGACUUCUGACAAUUCUUUUUUGAUUGCUCCAGCAUCUGAUAAGGGCAACAGAGACUGUGUCAUCAUCUACAAUGCAAAUACUGGAGCACUAAUAAGUAAAAUACCAAUAAAAUUACCAGGGUUUAAAGAUAUUUUAUGUAUUACUCCAAUGUCAAAUAAACCACAUUGGAUAGGAAUCAUUGGAUCUGAUAAAGGCACCAUUUUAGAUAUAAAUAAAAAGAAGUUUAUCCGUACAAUCCCCAAGUGGAGUGGAAAUAUCAGCAAAGAUGGGAAAUAUACUUUAUAUGCACCCAGCAGAGGUGGUUUGGAACUUUUAGAAUUGAAGAAAGGUACUACUGUGAAGACCUACAUUCCAAAAGUUGCAGAGGGUGUUUUCACAGUAAUAUCCAUGUUCAACCGCACAGAUGAAUAUGUUCUUUAUUACCAUAGUGGAAGAAAAACCAUACGUGUAUUCAGAUCAUUGGAUUGUGAGAUCAUAGCAAACUACAGGGUUCAAGCAGAACUGAGCGCUAUUGAUAGCACUUAUGAUGGUAAAAGUAUAGUUCUAGGAACGGUAGAUGGUUGUGUGUCUGUUUUAGCUAUAAUAGACCCAAAAAAGGAAGAAAUGAAAAAUUAUGUUGCAGACUUACCAUCACGUGACGAAAAUUGGAAAAAGAAAGCUGAGAAGCAACGAGUAACUAUCAAAUUCAAAGCCGCAGCUCGAAUAGCUCGUGUAACACAUGACUUGAACGCAAUUAUACGAAAUACAAAUAUUACGGAAACGAUUGAGGAAUUAGACGAAAAUAUAGAAUGAAGAACGUAGAAUAGAUUAUUUUUAUAGAAAAUUUUUUUUUAGUACAAAAAAGUGUGUAACGUAAGAUGAUAGUCUCUCCUCGGUAGAAAUAUCGAUCAAGAAAUAAAUGUUAAACAUUGAUGAUAGAA